GACAACGUCGCUCUGCGGGCCGAAGCGCGGCUUUCCAGCGCCGUGGAGAGAGUGAAAGGUGGCUUCAGCGCCGACACUCCCGAGGCCGGAGACUUGCUGGGCUCCGCCAUCGCAGAGGUGGCACAGCAAGGCGUCGACGCCGCUUUCCUCGAUGCGGCGCGGAACUCUCUGGCCAACUGGCAGGAAUCACGUCUGAAACGGGCCAGACAGGAUCUGGAACUUGCCAUGCGGUAUUUGGACGAAGACUACCUCAAGGAUUCGCUUGAGUUGGCCCGGAUCGCCGGCAUCGACGAGGAGAGCAUCGAGCUGGCAACUAGGCUCCUCACACGGCUUCGCAUGGUGGACGAGGUGAACAAGAUGAUGGACAAGACCAUGGAGGACCCCGCCUUGCCCCCCCUGGAAGCAGCGAUACAGACCGCCCACAGCCACUUCUUCGUGGAGGAGGAGAUGGACAUGCUCUGGUCGGGCUCACUGCAGGCGCGCCUGCGAUUCUGGACGCAGGAGAUCCAGGGCGCUGUCCAGGUCCACGAAGCCGCUGGUUUGGACGUGGUGGUCGCUAAGGCUCAGAAACUUCUCGAGCGGAGCCAGGAAGCCUUGGAUAUUUUCAAGUCCAAGACGGGAAACAACAAGGUGCCCGACGUGGCCAUCCGCACACUGGAGCGUGACAUGAGAGGUUUGCAGCUGGUUUUACCCGGCGGUCGUGAUCUCUCGAACGUCGCGUGGGCCACGGCAAACAUUGAACGAGUCCUGGGGGCAGUGGAGCGCUACGCGGAAGAGCUACCGGAGGUCAUUGCUGCAGCAGAGGCGCAGGUUCCGAAAGGGCUCAACGAGGAGCUCGUUGAAGAGGCUAAGGAAUGCCAGAAAGACUAUGCCAUGACGAUCGAAGAGUUGGAAAAGGAAAUCUCGGCGCCUUUUUGCGAUGGGGAGGAUCUGAAGGCCUCGCUGAUUCGGGCGCGCUUGGCUGGCGCGCCGAUGGAGCUGAUCGAGCGAGGUUUUGGCAAGCUGGAGAAGAAGUUCCCAGAAUGGUUCAGCUACACCAAGACAGAGCUAGAGCUCCUUGUGGCCAAGCAGGAGGCGGAUGAUAUCCAAGAGCUAUCGGCAGAGGGCCGCUUCCUGCGACUGCAGGAUGCAGCGGAUGCUGCCAGAAUGCUGCAGCCUCGGUUGGAGAAGAGCAUUAUCGAGGAGGUUGAGGACAUUUCCAUGGCGUUAGCGGCUGAGCGCUCCUUCGUGAUGGCAGUGAAGGAAGCGAAGGACAUCCUGGGAGGCCUGCCCAUGUCCCCGGAAGACGUGUCCUUGUCGGCCCUUCGUCUUGGCCACGCCAUCCAGGCCUGCGAGAUGUCUGCACAGGAAGAGGCGAAGAAGGGCAUCGGGGAGGCCGAAGAGCUCAGAGUGCUCCUGGAGGAAGAAGGAGAAAGGCGGCAGGAAGUGCUCCAGAACGCCAUCGCCAUCUCUGCUGAAAGGGGAAG